AUCGACAGGCUCCUCCCACUCAAAAUGGCGGUGUAGGGAACCGUGCAUGCUUGUUUGUUGACAUGUACUUUAAAAUCGUAAAAACGCUGUUUCCAUAGAUCUACAGCCAUCUCAACCAUGUCGAGGCUCAUCGUUAAAAACCUCCCUAACGGGAUGAAGGAGGAGAGGUUCAGUUCCAUGUUCGCGGCCUUUGGCACAGUGACAGACUGCUCUCUGAAGUUUACCAAAGACGGAAAGUUCCGCAAGUUUGGCUUUGUGGGCUUCAAAUCGGAGGAGGAUGCGAGCCGAGCCCUGAAACACUUCAAUAGGAGCUUCGUGGACACGUCCAGAGUGACAGUGGAGAUUUGCAAAGCAUUUGGAGACCCCACCAAAGGGAAAGCCUGGAGUAAACACACUCAAAGCGCAGGACAGGAGAAGCCCAGUGGUCCUGCUCCCACUGAAGGAAAAAAGAAAAGGAACCAGAAAAAGGACACAGCAAUUGGACUUGGAAAUCUUGAGGAGGACCAAGAAUUUAAGGAGUUCCUGUCAGUGCAUCAGAAUCGCAGCCAAGCACCAACCUGGGCUAAUGAUGCAGUUCAGGGGGCAGCUGAUCCUGAGAGGGGGCCAGCAAAGUCCAAGAAGAAGAAGAAAUCUGCUUCUGAUGACUACCUCAACUUUGAUUCAGACCAAUCAGAGGAUGAAGACAGAUCUCUGGAUGAUGAUGAUGAUGAUCAUAAUGAUGAUGAUAAUAAUGAAGCUGGAGCUAAGGAAGCUUUGAAGUCUGGCUUGUCUGAUAUGGACUACCUCCGCUCAAAAAUGGCACCAAUAGAGGACACCAAGGAUGAAGAUGAAGACAACGAUGACGACAGUGCAGUUCAGCACGCAAACAGCGCCUAUGAAAGUGGGGACAGAGAAAACACAGCGAAGACCAAAUCCUCCUCUGAGAGCAUGAGGCCGAGCAAAGCAAAGAAAACUGCCACACAGGAGAUGGAGCCAGCAACAGAGUUCACGGUGAAGCUCAGGGGGGUGCCAUUCAGCGUCAAAGAGCAACAAAUCAAAGAGUUCAUGACCCCGCUGAGGCCUGCAGCAAUCAGGAUUGGGAAGAACGAAAGUGGACAGAGAACAGGUUAUGUAUAUGUGGACUUGCACUCUGAAGAAGAAGUGAAUAAAGCCUUAAAGAAGAAUAAAGACUACAUCGGGGGGCGUUACAUUGAAGUCUUCAAAGUUGAUCACAGUGGAGGGAAGGCAAAGAAGGACCCAAAAGACAAAGAACCGGACUUUAACUUUACCAGGAAGCUGAAGGAAGAUGAGGAGGAAGAGGAUGUUUCAGAGACCGGUCGACUAUUUGUCAGAAACCUUCCUUACACAUGUACAGAGGAAGACAUCAGAGAGCUUUUUAGUAAACAUGGUCCUUUGUCUGAGGUGCUGUUUCCUAUUGACAAUUUAACCAAAAAGCCUAAAGGAUUUGCUUUUGUCACUUAUAUGAUACCUGAGAAUGCUGUAACGGCUCUUGCUCAGCUUGACAGACAUGUAUUUCAGGGUAGAAUGCUUCACCUUCUCCCAUCCACGGUGAAGAAGGAAAACCCUGAGUCCUCCGAUGCUGGUGGUCCUGGUUCCUCGUCAUACAAACGGCAAAAAGAUGCCAAAAAUAAAGCCUCGAGUUCCAGUUCACACAACUGGAACACUUUGUUUCUGGGUACAAAUGCAGUGGCAGAUGCCAUAGCUGAAAAAUACAACACAACUAAAAGUCAAGUAUUGGAUCAUGAGUCAAAAGGAAGCUUAGCAGUCCGGAUGGCUCUGGGAGAAACCCAAAUUGUCCAGGAAACGAGACAAUUCCUUCUGGAGAACAGUGUCUCUUUGGAUUCCUUCAGCCAGGCAGCUGCAGCGAGGAGCACAACUGUGAUCCUGGUCAAAAACCUUCCGGCUGGAGUGACCACCUCUGAGCUGGAAGAGCUUUUCUCCCCUCAUGGCUCUUUGGGUCGAGUGCUGCUCCCACCAUCAGGACUCACUGCCAUCAUAGAGUUUCUAGAGCCCACUGAAGCCAAACGGGCCUUUACAAGGCUGGCUUACAGCAAGUUUCAUCAUGUUCCUCUGUAUUUGGAGUGGGCACCUGUUGGGGUGUUUGUUGCAGAUCAACAGAAAACAGUGUCGAACAAAGAAGAAACUGUAAAAGAAAAAAAAGACUUGGAAAAAGAAGAGGAAGAUGAGGAAGAGGACGCUGUCCCUGGAUCCACACUUUUCAUUAAGAAUCUUAGUUUUAUCACAACUGAGGAAAAACUGCAGGAGACAUUCUCUAAGUGUGGCAAAGUCAAAUUCUGCAGCAUCUCUAAGAAGAAAGAUAAAUCUGGUAAACUGUUGUCUAUGGGUUACGGCUUUGUCCAGUACCAGUCAGCAGAGGGGGCACAGAAAGCCCUGAGGCAGCUACAGCACUGCUCUGUAGAUGAUCACAAGCUAGAACUAAAGAUCUCUGACAAAGCAACCAGAGCUACUGAGACGUCCCGUAAGAAGAAGCAAGCUGAGAAGAAGCAAACAGGGUCUAAGAUCCUGGUGCGCAACGUUCCCUUCCAGGCCACUGUCAGGGAGAUUCGAGAGCUUUUCUGUACAUUUGGGGAACUGAAGACGGUUCGUCUUCCAAAAAAAGCAGCCGGUUCAGGGAACCACAGAGGGUUUGGAUUUGUCGAUUUUAUCACCAAACAAGAUGCUAAGAAAGCCUUUGCUGCCCUCUGCCACAGCACUCAUCUGUAUGGGCGACGUCUUGUACUGGAGUGGGCAGAUGCUGAGGAAACGGUGGAGGCACUAAGGCGAAAAACAGCCGAACAUUAUCACGUGUCUGCCAAAAAGAGCCGGCAAUCUAAAGUUUUGGAAGGAAUUAUGGAGACGAUGGAAACUGAAGGACGGACUGAAAAUUGAGGACUAUGAUACAGAAAACUCCUCUUAUCAACAAUUUUCCUGUUCUUUAUUUGGUAGACACAGAUGUGCGAGCAAAUUAGGUUGAAAGUUUUUGGCUUCUGUUAUCUCCUUCAUUGCCUGUGUUUUAUUAAAAAAAGGCUUCUGCUGAAAGACUGCAUGACUAAUAUUGUGCAUAUUUUUUAUAAAGAUUGAUUCUAUUAUUCUUA